CGAAUUCCUCUAUUUUGGCGUUUGAUUUUUUAAAAUCGGCCGAUUCGUUUUCAAGAAAAAUAUGGUUUGAUUUUUGUUAGCCUUGUAAAUACAAAUAUAAAUAAACACCCAGGCAGCGGUAAGCACAACAAGUGGUCGUUUUGAAGUCGACAAGUGAUUUUCAAAACACUAAGCGAGAUAUCAACAGGAAUACGGUAUUUUUAUAAACACAUCGAAAGUAAGUGCAGAUGACGACAUAUUCGCUAAGCGACUUAACAACGCUUUGCGUUUAGAAGAAAGAGAACAGCAACACAGGAACACCCUUAUUUUCUGGUUCUGUUGAGAAGUCAGUAACCAAAGCUUGUAAAGAAACGGAGGUCUAUUUGAAGCACAAUGUCGAUGCAAUUAUGAUUGAAAACAUGCAUGACGUUCCGUAUGUUCAAUCAAAACAUUUCGGCCCCGAAAUUCCAGCUGCAAUGAGCAGAGUUUGCAGCGAGAUGAGGAAGAUUAUUCCUGAUUCUACACCGUUUGGAGUUCAGAUACUGGCUUGUGGCAAUAAAGAAGCAUUAGCCGUAGCAAAAGCGUGCGCCAUGAAUUUCGUAAGAGUAGAAGGCUUCGUAUUUAGCCAUAUUGCUGAUGAAGGCUUCACUGAUGCAAACGCUGGACAUGUACUCAGAUAUCGAAAACAUAUCCAAGCUGAAGACGUUUUAGUAUUCACGGAUAUCAAGAAAAAGCACAGCUCACACUAUAUAACCAUGGAUAUUUCUCUCAUAGAGACCGCUAAGGCUGCCGAAUACUUUUUGUCAGAUGGUGUCAUACUAACAGGAUCUGCAACAGGCAUACCAGCUGAAGAAAACGAUCUACAUCAACUUAAAGAGAAUGUAACAAUACCUAUAUUGGUAGGAUCUGGAAUUACUGGUGAUAAUCUCGAAAAAUACUUGUCGGCAGAUGCCCUCGUAGUGGGUUCGUAUUUCAAAAAAGAUGGAAAAUGGUUCAAUGAAAUUGAUGAGGAGAGAGUCAGGAAGUUCAUGAAUAAAAAGAAUAGUUUAUGA